CUUAGCUAUGGAACCUUGACACGUAUAAUAGGUCGCAAUUCGCCUUCAAGCGCCAAAGAUCCUCCUAGGUAGGCAUGCAAUACGACCCCUGACCGAGCGUUGGCCAAUGAGCGGCGUUACCAACAGAGGUGAAUACACCGUCACGAUAUGACCUAUUAGUACUUAGUCUCACAGUUUCUUGGGCUACGUGAUCUUAAUCUAAUCGAGACCCCAUGUGGCAGGGUAGCCCUAGUCUAUGAUCGUGGGCUGUUCUGUCAAACACAUCAGGAAGGCUGCCUACUUAGUAAUUAGAAAGUCAGCUCGAUGUUGGUACUUAACCAUUGCCUACCUAGUAUGUACUUAAACUAUUGUAUUAUACGUUGGAUAAAUUUUGAAUAUAUAUCCCCGAGGUUCGAACAACGUUUAAAAGAAAUAACUCUCGCAAAGUCGUCCUUUUUUCUUUUUGUUUCCUAGACAAAUGUGGUAGUAGCACCACUGAAAUGAUGCGAUAUCCUCUGAUCACAAAGCGUUUCAUUUCAUGCACUACGGUCACCCUAUUUGUUCUCACUUUUCUAACAUACCCAUCGUCCUUCUCGUUCCGCAACUCACUAUCUUGGGUAUCAUCUGCUGCCACAAGGACAGAUACGUGCCAAAUAUGGCCCGGUUCACACGACUCGGAUUCAGAGCAGUCGUCGUAUGAGAAAUGCUCCGGGAAAGUUAACUUGCCUAUGGUGGGGGAUUCCUCUGUCUUGGGGGACCCGGAGCGGUGUUCAGUAGCCAGUUCCCGACUCGACCCGUACCAGACAUCCCCUGGCCGUAACUGGUCCGAAGUGAAAUGGGGCCACGUACAAAGACGAUGCGCUGCAAGGGAGUAUAAGCUGUCACCCCUCGAAAACCAGAUACGGCGAAUCUGGCACCUCCCCGUGGAGGCGGAGACCGCACUAAGGCUAGAAGGAAGCAAGGGCAGGACUGCGGUCGUGUUAAGGACAUGGGAUAACUACGAGUACACCGAGAAGAGGCUUGCGUGGCUCCGCGCCCUUAUCGCCGAGGCUUCGCUCCAGCGUGCCGGCGCUUACCAAGUAUUCCUCCUCGUCAAUGUCAAGAACCCCGAAAUUCGCCUCGAAGAAGACGUCGCUGCCUAUGAACAGGCUCUGCGCGAAUUCGUCCCGGAAGAGUUUCGGGACAUGGCUAUUCUGUUUAACGAGAGGACGCUGGAAGCAUGGUAUCCCCUGGUGCAAGAACAUGGAGCACAGGACCAGAUGUACCAGGCCCUGCAAAUAUUCUCCCGCAAAUUCAAGCAGUUCGACUACAUCUGGCAGCUAGAGAUGGACCUGCGCUUCACGGGCCACGUCCACGACACCCUCGAAUCCACCGCCACCUUCGCCCGCGCCCAAAGGCGGCGCAACCUCUGGGAGCGCAACGGCCGCUUCUACAUCCCCCAGCUCCACGACCACUCUUACGAAAACUUCUCCGCCACCGUCGAUGCGGAAAUCGGGGACACGGGGAUCUGGGGGCCAGCGGCCACUGACGAUUUCACACCUUAUGAACAAAACCCACCCCCCCGCACCAAGCUCACCUGGGGCCUCAACUCCGAGCCCGACCUAAUCAGCCUGAUGCCCAUGAUCGACCCGAUCGGCACAGGCUGGGUAUACGAGGACGCGAUCCACGGCUUCGCCUCGGGCGCAUCCACCCCGCGGCGCGCCGCCAUCGUCAGCAUCACGCGCUCUUCCCGGCGACUCCUCCGCCUCGUCGACGCGGCGCAGCGCGAGCACGGGCGCUCGGUCGUCAGCGAGGCGACGCUGGAGACGUUCGCGCUGCUGCACGGGCUCAAGGCGGUGGCGGUGCCGCAGCCGAUAUACUUCGGCGUUAACAACAACAACAAUGACAACAACAAGGACGGGGAUGGGAAGGGGCAAAGGGGGGAGGAGAUGCGCGCGGCGCGGCAGCUUGCCGGGGAGCUCAACAGGGGCCCGCCGCACUCGAGGGCGGGCGGGGCGACGCCGUCGAUGUUGUACGCGAAGACGGGGUGGGUGCAGGGCCCCUGGUGGGAGGCGAGCUACUGGUUCACGGGCGGCGGCGCGGAGAAGCUGUGGAAGAAGUAUUUGGAGGGGCGGAGGCUACCGCCGAUGUUGUUGCAUCCUGUUAAGGAGAAGUAACUGCAUAGUGGUGUGUGUAGGUUAGGUAGGUAACUGGCUGUGUGUAUGUUUGAUAGCCUUUGUUUAGGGGUUUAGGGGGGGGUUGGGGGCGGGUCGGGCGUUUGGCUAUGGCGUUAUUACAUAGUUAAAAGGUACCUACAUACACGGCUUUACUUCACGGCUUCCUACAUUUAGAUAGAUAAGAGCCGCAUUUGAAAUGAAAAGAUAAGGGGGGCUGCUGCCAGGGGUAACCGGGAGGCGCAUGAUUCUGCCAAUUAGAUUUGGCCUAGGGCCUGUUGAUUUUCUAGGCGCGAGAUGUGCUUGGCCAACUUACCGCCGUAGAAUAAAGCCCUGUACCUACUAAUGUAUCGGUGAUAAUGUUGGAUGACCAUUUGCCGAUGGACCUAGCGUUUCUGUCGGGCCGGAUCGUGUCUAAAAGCGGCUGCUUCCCGAACAAACCUUGGAUUGGAUACUAUCUUCGUAUCUUGGUAUGGGGAGAUCUAGUAUGCGGGGAACAACGUCGGUUUAUACGAUCCGCACCAAUGUGCAUGUCCAAUCGCCCUCACUUAUGUCGCUUUCUAAAAUUCAAUGCUCUAUUUAACCAGGGCUAUGAGCUACAC